AGAAACAAGUCGCUCUAUUAUUUCACAUGUUAGAUCAGGAACUGAAUGCCAAGCAGAAGCUUGAGUUGGAAACAAAGCAGCUGCAGAGCAAAUUGGAAGCAGUGAAACCUAUGCAAGGUGAAGACUCUGAAUCAAAGAAGAAAAUGGCUGAACAGAGUGAGGAGCUGCAAGACAAAUAUGACAGAGUGGAAUCAAUUGUUCGGACUUUGAUUACCAAGGAAAGACAAUCCAAUGAUGAGUUACAGCUUGCUCGGAAGGCACUGAUACGUGGCUUCCAGGAUCUUACAACUGACCGAACAUCUAUAGGCAUCAAAAAGAUGGGCAUGCUUAACCUGGAAUCACUUGAAAAAGCUUUCAACCAGAAAUUGUCAGAACCUGCUGAAUCAAGUUAUCAUGCUGCCUUAUUUUGUGAAAAAUGGGAGAAUGAGAUAAGAAAUCCAAAAUGGCACCCUUUUAAAGCUAUCAUGGUUGAUGGAAAAGAAAUGGAAAUUCUCUGUGAGGACGACGAGAAGCUCCGGGCUCUGAAAGAAGAACACGGGGAGCAGAUCUGUGACUUGGUGACAAAGGCUCUGCUCGAAAUCAACGAGCACAAUCCCAGUAGCCGCUAUCCUUUCAGCGAGCUGUGGAACUACAAGGAGGACCGGAAAGCGACCCUGGAAGAAGUCGUCGCGUACGUCCAGAACCAAUGGCGACUGGACGGGAGCAAGCUCAAGAGGAAGCGCGCCGAAGAAGAUGCUGGAAGUACUCAAGUGGAGGACAUCACACGCUGAAGCUGCUGG